UUCUCUCUGCCUCCCUCUGGCGGCCACUUCACCUCUCAGAGACACUUCCUCUACCGUCAAACCGGGGAGGAAAUACACCCAGACCUGCCGGUGUUUGACCAAAAGCACAUAAUUUGAAAGAAGCUGUGCAUCUGAGUUGAUUUUCACACACACUGGAUGCACCCUCACCCUCACCAUCCUUCACCCUCUCCCUCCAACCUCCAACCCAACCCCAUUGGAAGAUCACUCUCACUGAAGCCCCCACCCACCAACCAAAAACACACUUUGCAGGAGAGAGAGAGAGAGGAGGAGAGAAAGAGAGAAAGAGAGAGAGAGAUGCAGGUAUUAACUGGAGGUGGAGAGGGAGGCGCACUGACUGCUGACCGUUGGGAAGCCAAAAGGACAAGAGGAGAUGUGUUGUUGUGCUGAUGGGCUUCUUUCUUUCUUUCUUCCUCCCAUAACAAGUCGCUUCUUGUUCCAAACGGAGACGCAGGUGUAGCCUCUUUAUCCUCCUCCAGCCUCCUCCUCCUCCUCCUCCUCCUCCUACUACUACUACUAUACCUAUCCCCAGUUUUUCUCCAUGCGCCGCACCUCCUCUUUCAAGUCACCAGAGGAGGAUUUGUACGCGCCGGAGUGUGGAAGAAGAAUAACAUCAUCAUGUUCACUGAGAUGAGGCGCGUCUCUUUUGUGCGCCGUCUGUUACCGCCGCUGUGAAUGAAUGUGAUGCCGGCAGAGGCGGUUACAGCACUUGUUCCAUAAAGAGAAAGACUUCUUGAUAACCAUGGCUGACCAGUACAGUAUGUUUCUCACCACGGCGCCCCCCCUCCGGCGUGGAAGCACACCCCUGCCCCUCAAACACCAGCUGCGGAGGGAAGAGGCCGUAUCUGAGGACUGUGAUUGGAUCCCGGGCAUGGAGGAGCCUGCCAUGUUGCCUAUCAGUGGCACAGCGGUGCCUCGGGAUGAGUCCUUCAGCCAAUCAGCAGCCGCCCAGUUGGCUUACCACAGCCACGGCGGGGCAUUGAGGAUAGUGUUACUGGGACAGAACGGCGUGGGCAAGACGUCGCUAGCCUUAUCUCUGGCCGGGCAGUCGGACAGAUCCCUCUCUAUAGACUCUGAGACGCAAGCAUGUGGUGAGGGAUACGAGAGCUCAGUGACCGUCGACGACGAGGACAGCAAAAUCAUAGUUUUCGACAACUGGAAACAGGACCUGUCCACUCUACAUUGUGAUGUGUGUAUCCUGGUCUUCUCAGUGACUGACAGGCGAAGUUUCCACCGCACCGCCCAGCUCCGCCUCCUCCUCAGGGAGUCCCAGCCACAGACACCAAUCAUCCUGGUGGGAAACAAGAGCGACCUUGUCCGCUCCCGUGAAAUCAGCUCAGAGGAGGCCCAAUCCAGUGCCAUGAUGUUCGACUGCGUCUACAUGGAGCUCUCAGCCUCCCUGGACCACGGUACCAACGAGCUGCUGGAGGCCGCCGUUCGGACCGCAAGGGGCGACUGCGUGGGCCCCGGGUGGACCGACGGCGACCCCGGGGCGGGCCGCAGGGAGAGCCUGACCAGCCGGGCCAAGCGCUUCCUGUCGGGGCUGGUGCCGCGCUCGUACGGCCGGGACCGGGACAGGGAUCGGGGGCGCUACCGGGAGAUGAGCCGCCACCGGGGCAGCAAGAUCCUCCGCCAGAAGUCUCGUUCCUGCCACGACCUCAGUGCACUGUGAUACAAACACACACACACAUGCAUACACACAGACAAAGAGACACACUCACACACAUGUACACACACACACACACCAGAUUGAUGGAGAAGGUAGAAGUGUAGAAGACGGAGGAGGGUAAAAUGGAAGAUAGUAGGGGUUUGUAGAUGACUAAAUAUAGGGACAAAGAAGGAGAUGGAGGAAAAUUAGAGGGGUGGAAUGACAGCAACGGCAGAUAAAGGCCAGGAAAGGACAGAAAGUGUGAGAAAAAGUUGGAUAGAAAUCAACCUGGAUCGCAGCAUCGCAUCUUUUGUCUUCUCCCUAUCAGCGGAACCAAUUUUGAGAGAGAAAGAGGCCAAGUUGGAGAGACAAACAGAGAAACAGAUAAGGAGGUGAGCUUGAUUUGCCGCUCCGGCUUGGCUGAAUCAGCGAGCACUCAUCAUUACCUGUUGAGGAAAUUAACGACAGCGGAGAGAGUCACAUCAAGAUGCCGAUUGGACGCUCACUGUGGCGAAACGGGAGGGAGGGGGGAUGGGAGGGAGUCAGAAAUAAACACACACCCGAGUAGCACGCACUGAUUAUGUAGAGACUGAUAGCAAUCUAAUGUAUACCGUUUGUGAACCCUGUUUUAUAGCAUGCCGAGUAGACGAUCUAAGACUUGACCCUGUAGGUUUCACAGUACUGGACUGACUGUACCUCGGUGGUCGAUAGCUAAUGCACAAUCCAGCUAGCGUCUCUAGCAAUGCCAUCUCUAAGGCAAAACCCUUUAUUUAUUACAGAAAAAAAAAAAAUGCUCCUCUGCGCAUUUUUUUUAGCCACAAUCUUCACACCGCAUCCACCUUUUGUGUACCGUACUGAUUCUGUUUGAUACCACCAAUGUUCAUCUGUGAUUUUUUAUACAAGGCUAAAAAAAAACGUCAGCGCCCAAGCCAUAUUUCCGCUGAACGCACCAUUAGCGAUCAGCACAAAGAAACCCUUUACCGAAGGAGACGGAGCGAAAGAAAGAAAAAAGAAGGUCAAAGUGGCUAUAAAGGAAUAAGACUGGAUGACCAGACUGAACUUUUCUUCAAUAGACGCUGAGUCACAGAACACUGGGAUGUUCUCGAAGCACAGGAGGACAAAACGAGAGAAAACCUAAUCUACCUGUGGCUGUUUUUUCUUCUCUUUUUAACCACCGGCAUUAAUACGUGUGUUGAGACUGGAUUCUGUGGGGGCUGGCCACGCAGGUGACCCAAAAAGAGAACGUUCUGGAAACGUUGUUUGGAUAUCUCGUCAAGCGUGUGGCAGCGUCUUCAACGAUACAUGCUCACUCGUUUGUCACAGUCUACUAAGCACUCUCGUCUUUCCACUGAGAAUAAAUUAAUUUUUGGUUUUGACAUCCUGAA